CCUUCAUCACAUCCCCUCACUGAUCUAGAACUUCAAAGUGCCGGUGUUUAGAAGUCAGACUAGAUAGAAAAGCUUCAACGGAGGAGACAAAUAUAUAAGAGUGAGGGUCUGGAAAGACACGGUGGUGGUGAACACAGCGUGAGCUGCAGCCUACCUGGACCGCACUCAGAAGAUGCUCCGCGUGUUUAAAAACAUCAGCGCUGCAGAGCUGCAUCACACUUGUUGCUGCAGCUGUAGCACCAGCACCACCUCAGAGGCACAGCUGGAGCUCGAAGAGACUGCACGUUUCAGAUCACACUUUAUUUAAAUUUUGGGGGGCAGAAAAAUGCGAGCAACAUGUGUUUCGGCAUUUGUUGUUUUCUGGAUGGUCGGCUAUCACCGGGCAGCAGCGAAACAAACGCUUAACGACUCCUCACUUUUUGGAGAGCCAAUGUUGCCACACACGGAUACUUCACCGAAUGUUUUGGCCAAGUCGGGGAACCGGACAGGUUUUUUCUUCUUGGACUUUGACGACGGAAUGCUGGAGGACUGGCACUCCCUGGCCAAUAGAAAGAGCAGCGGGAAGGAGUUGCAGGAGUACGGGGUCAAGGCGCUGCUGGUGGCCGCCUACUCGCUCAUCAUCGUGGUGUCUCUGUUCGGAAACACGCUGGUGUUCCAUGUGGUGGCCAAAAACAAGCGCACCCAGUCCUCCACCAGUUUAUUCAUCCUGAACCUGGCCGUGGCCGAUAUCUUCAUCACAGUCCUUAACACACCAUUUACUCUGGUCCGCUUUGUGCACAGCACCUGGGUGUUUGGGAGGACAAUGUGCCACAUCAGUCGCUUCGUACAGUACUGCUCUCUGCAUGUAUCCACUCUGACCCUCACCGCCAUCGCUCUGGACCGAAGACAGGUUAUAUUGCAUCCCCUCAGACCACGGAUGACCGCAUCACAGGGUGGUGUUUGGGUUGCUGUUAUCUGGAUAAUGGCCAGCUGCUUCUCGCUACCACAUGCAAUCUACCAAAAACUCCUGACUUUCACUUACAGCCAGGAAAAGGAGCGCAGCCUGUGUGUCCCAGAUUUCCCCGAGCCAUCAGAUGUCUACUGGCAGUACAUUGAUCUCCUGACCUUCAUCCUGCUUUACAUGCUGCCGCUCCUCAUCAUCACUGCCUCCUACACCACGGUGGCACGCCGGCUGUGGCGCCACAACACCAUCGGAGACACAACAACAGCUCAGCACGCCACCCAGAGAAGGAAGCGCAGGAGAACUUUGGCCAUGUUGCUCCUGGUGGUCGGGGUGUUUGCCAUCUGCUGGUUUCCACUUAACUGCUAUGUGGUGCUGCUGUCCAGCCAGGCCAUCCACUCCUCUAAUGCUCUCUACUUCUGCUUUCACUGGCUUGCAAUGAGCUCCACCUGCUACAACCCUUUCAUCUACUGCUGCCUGAACCCCACCUUCCGCCAGGAGCUUCGGCUGCUCCUCGACAGGUGCCGACUGAGGCGGAGAGCAGCGGUCGGGUUAGAGCCCGAGCGAGGCCCUGCUAUUGCCUGCGCUCCAUGUCACAGAGCUGCCUGGCCUGACAACCGGGAGUCCUCGAGGCCGAGUCAUGCUUUGUCACACCCAGGACAGGACUUACAACAGAGUCAUGCCUCCUCCAGUCAGAGCCGCAACCUGAAAGACGCACAUGUGCUCUUCACUGCCAGACAGCCCCUUACUGGGAGAAUGGACAUCUUCUCAGUGGAGCCUUUUGUGGCUGUGAGAUAACUAGACACAGCUGCCACAGUUCUAAUGAGGAACUUGAAAUCUGUUUUGGGAAACUAACACGUUCUGAGAAAACAGGAAGUCUGUCAGAUAUUUGGCUGGCCCCCAGCUGGUUGUUGAUAGCAGCAGGUAAAGAGGAUCCAUAUGCAGAAAUUGUUACUCUGCUUUUCCUUUAGCAUUUCCUGAAAAUAUCUACACAAUGUAAUUUUUCACAUUUUUAUAUUGUUUUUACACUUCUGCUUCAUUGAGUUGUGCAUUGUAAAUCAAAAGCUGAAUUUCUGCAGCGCUUUACAGAACUUUAAAUUUCCUUUUUGUUUUGCAGUGCAGUGGAUUGAAAAGGGAUUUAUGGAUUUAAAUAGAAAGAAAACCUGCAAGAUGAAUUAUAUUCAGCACCCUGAGUUGCUAUUUUGUAAAGAGGCUUCUCUCAACAAUUACAGCUGCAAGUAUUUGGGGAAUUGUCUUUAUGAAUGUUUCACAUCUAGAGCUGGAAAUGUAUGCCCAUUCUUGUUUGCAAAAUAGUUCAAGCUCAGAUUUGAUGGAGAACAUCUGUGGUCAAUUUUUAAGUCUUGCCAAAUUCAUUUCAAUUUCAUUUAGGUCUGGACUUUGACUGGAGCAUUUUAACCCAUUAACAUGCUCAAACCUUUUCUUUGUAUAUCUGGUUGUAUAUAAGGUCUUUGUCCUGCUGGAUUUUUAGCCAUUAAUGGUUCUAAGAUUUCCCUAUAUCCACCUUCCCAUGAACUCUGAUCAGCUUCCAUGUCUUUGCUGAAGAAAAGCAUCCGUGUUUUCAUCCAUGUCGUCAAAACUUUUACACUUUGGUCUCGUUAGACCAGAGCACUUUCUUGCAUGUUUGUGUGUCCCCUACAUGUCUUUUGACAAACUGCAGAGUUCUUCUCGCUUUCUUCUUGCCACUCCUUCACAAAGGCCAGUUUUGUGAAGUGCAUAACUUAAAGUCAUCCUGUUAACACAUUCCACUGCCUCAGCUGUGGAUCUCUGCAGCUGGUAAAUGUUGUCCUUGCCUGGCCUAUUAGUGUAGGUGAAAGAUCAUAUCUUGAUAGAUUUGUAGUCGUGCCAUGAGCUCAGUUUCAGAUGAUGGACUGUGAGAUGUCAAAAGCUUGCAAUAUUGUUCUCUAACCUCUAACCUGCUUUAAACGUCUCUGCAACUUUCUCCCCAAUCUUUCUGCUGGGUCUCUUGGUCUUCAUGAUGCUGUUUGUCUUCUAAUGUUCUCUAACAAACCUCUGAGGCAUUCAAAGAACAGCUGAGAUGUAAUUACAUACCGAUGCACUCUAGUUUACAAAUUAAAUGAAUUCUAAAGGCAGCCGCUUUCACAAGAUUUUAAUUAGGAGAAUCAGAGAAAAGGGGAGUGAAUACAAAUGCAUAGAACACUUCUAAUUUUAUUUAAAAAGUUUUUAAAUGCAAUUAAUCCUUUUUCUUGUACUUCACAGUUGUGCACUGAAUUUAAUUUUGUAGUAUAAAUAAGCUUGCUGAAUAAAAAUGAAAUGCACACUUUAAAA